UUCUGGCGUCCGGACUGGAAUGCUGGCCCGGCGUGCUCAUCGCCGAGGUCGCUGGGUCUGCUUGUGUGUGUGUCGGGGUCCGCGAAGGGCACCUGCGCCUGGAACGCUCUAGCUCACGUGCGCACAGCUCCUGCGGCGUGUGCGGAUGCGUGACCCAGAGCUGGAGCGCCCGGGCCCGUGACACCCCAUCCCCGGCAUGAGCUUCCCGGACACCACAGCCUGGAAGCCCUUGGCCCCACUCUCCAGAUGAACCCUAGCACACCAUAGCAGGCCCUUGGAACAGCAAAGCCCUCCUAGAAGUUUAACCUAGAGGUUCCAGGAAGUGUAUGCUGAAGGAGAGGGUCAUGGAUUUGGUCACCCAGACGACCAUCCUGCCCUUGCUGUUUGGCUGCCUGGGGAUUUUCGGCCUCUUCCGGGUGCUACAGCGGAUCCGCUCAAGGACCUACCUGAGGAAUGCUGUGGUGGUGGUUACAGGUGCCACCUCAGGGCUUGGCAGAGAAUGUGCCAGAGCCUUCCACGCUGCAGGGGCUAAGCUGGUGCUCUGUGGUCGAAAUGUGAAAGCCCUUGAAGCACUCAUCAGUGAACUUGCUGGUUCUUGUACCUCCCAGGGACAGACACACAAACCUUACAUGGUGACCUUCGACCUCACAGAUCCUGGUGCUAUUGCUGCUGCGGCAGUUGAGAUCCUACAGUGCUUUGGCUAUGUGGACAUCCUCAUCAAUAAUGCUGGGAUCAGCUACCGUGGUGCCAUCAGUGACACCAGAGUGGACGUGGACAGGAGGGUGAUGGAGAUAAACUACUUUGGCCCUGUUGCUCUGACAAAAGCGCUCCUGCCUUCCAUGGUCAAGAGGAAGCGAGGCCACAUUGUUGCCAUCAGCAGCGUCCAGGGCAAGAUCAGCAUCCCUUUUCGAUCAGCAUAUGCAGCCUCCAAGCAUGCAACCCAGGCAUUCUUUGACUGUCUGCGUGCUGAGAUGGAGCAGGAUAACAUUGAGGUGACUGUGAUAAGCCCUGGUUACAUCUAUACCAAUCUCUCUGUAAAUGCUGUUACUGCUGAUGGUUCCAUAUAUGGAGCUCUAGACAAGAACACAGCCCAGGGCAGAAGCCCUGCAGAGGUGGCCCAGGAUGUCCUUGCUGCCGUGGGGAAGAAAAAAAAGGAUGUGCUCUUGACUGACUUACUGCCAUCCCUGGCCGUCUAUCUCAGGACUCUGGCUCCUGGGAUUUUCUUCAGAAUUAUGGCUUCUAGGGCCAAAAGAGAGCGGAAAUCCAAGAACUCCUGAUAUUGCUCAGAGCUGCUAGCCUGGAUCAUCGUGAUCAGACUGAGUACCACACCUUCCUUGGCUGGAAUGGCUCUGCAAGGGAUCCAUGGCUGACACAUGCUAGAGAGCUGCCGUGCACUCUAAGGUGGACAGAAGCACUUCUGUUUUCCCUGGGGGUGGGCUAGCCCUUAAGAAGUAAAAUAUGGAACUGUGCCGGGACUCUAAAGAUAUAAAAUAAAUGACUGAACAGUG